AUGGAUCGCAGAACAUACGAGGGGCCCAUGGACUGGGAAUACCAGAACAAAGGUCCUAUCGACCCGACCAGUCCAUUUGCACAGGCCGCCCAGAACCGUGGACUUCGAAACGGCUUUGCCUCGCCCUCUAAGCCAACGCCGUCCAUCUUCGCCUCGCCGACGAAGAACCCGCAACACCGCACAUUGUUCUCAUCACAACAAACGUCAAGCCUCUCCAAGCCUUCAGCCCCCCCUUUUCGGAACCCUGCCUUUACCACGCCGAGAAAACCAUUUGAUCAGGUGGUAAUGUCGGAAACGUCCGACAUGGAAGACAGCCCUGCCCGCACAGAAGCAUCCGAUUUCGCCAACGACACGCCUGAGGCGGACCGCAUGGGCGACGUCAGUAUGUCGGGCACAGUAACUCCAGCAAAGAUCGAUAAGAUAUUCCGUUAUAGCAAAGCGGCAUCGUCAAAUCGACGGCACAUGCCGGGAAAGGGGGAGAUCAGACCACACCGGGACUACGGGCUAUCUGAGCUUACCCGUCGUAAGAAGCGAUAUGGACACGAGAGGGACCUCUAUCAUGGUCGCCAACAAUCACAGGACUCAGACAUGGAAUUGGAUGACGAUAUGGACUACAACGGUCGGCGUCGGAGGAACGACAGGGCACCCAAGCGCCAGGGCGGGCUGGUAGGCUCCAUGUUCCACAUGAUGGAAGAGCACAAUACUGCGCCAGAGAACUUGUACCGGUGGAUCCAGCUGGGUAUCAAUGGAUUUAUGGGAGGGCUGUUCUGCGUCGUCGUCAUCUCGGUGGUGCAUACGAUACGCUCUGAUAUUCGUGCCGUCAACGAAGCGGCUCGACAGGAGAUCAGGGUCAAGAUGGCAGCCUGUCAGGACGAGUACAUGGCCAACCACUGCGCCACAACCAACGCCCCGGCCUUCAAGAAGAUGUGCAGCGAGUGGUACGACUGCAUGAUGCAGGACCCGGAGUCAAUUGUGCGGGUUAGGGCCACCAUGACAGAGGUUGCCAACAUUAUGAACGACUUUUUUGGAAAUUUGAACCUUAAGGCCUGGGGAGCCGUCUUGGCAUUCCUUGUCAUCACGACAUUUGCCAACAACCUGAUGAUUGGGGCCAAAUCCGCACCCGCCCCUGGCCCUGUCGCACGACCAACCAUAUCGUCAAGCGGUUCCCAUUUGGAGCAUCCAAGCUCUCGGGGGGAUGUCAUGUGGAUUCCAGUACAGACCCCCAAGAUGCGCAGCCGGCGAUUCAUCGAUGAUGAUACGGAUACGGAUAGCACCCCACCCAAUAUGCACAAGAUGCUACCUCCUUAUACGCCAUCUGGGAAGCGUAGUCCAAGCAAGCGGGAGCGUUCACUUAGUCCGAUUAAAUACGGAAGGAGUCCUAUGAAGGGUUACUAA